AGUGGGAGGGAUUAUCCACCAAGUAGGGCAAGUGGCUGAGGCUAAGGACUGCAAUUCCAUCGAGCCUAGUUCAUUUCAGUCAUCCGCUCAGUGCACAGACGGGACAAGGAGGAACACUUUUCAGCUCUGCCUAUUUGUCAAACCCCCCUAAAAUAUCCUCACGUGAAAAUGGUAAAGUACAUGCGACAGCACAGCGAGCUGAAACCCGAAGAGGUCCUGUCGGAGUCUGAUGCGUCCAUGGACCAGCAGGAUUUCGGAGAGAUGUCCGACUAUUCUUUCAGCGACGUUUUAUACUCCAAAUGUUCCGCAAUGGACCAAAUCGGCACUUUUAUGAAGAACGUGCAAGUGCUGCUCGAUGCGGCGCAUUACAUAGAAAAUAUCGAGAAGAACAGCGGAAGUAAGUAAACACGGGCUGUAGGGGAUAUUAACACGUAAUGCGCCGAGCAGACAACAAUAGAGGCGAAGGCGACAAAAGACGCGCAGCGGACAGAUGAAACUGGCCCGUCAACAGCCAAUAAUAUCCAACCUGCUCCUGAAAAACUCUUUUCUAAUCGAGGAUGCAUUUGCGGGAAUAUUUUUUAAUUAAGAAGUUGAGGGGAAAAAAAUGCUCUCAUUUUCAAUUCAGACAGCAUUUGCAGCGCAGGAGACCGAUUUUAUUACAAUAGCCUGCAGCUAAAUGAUCUGCUCCCAUUAAAGCUGGUCUCAUGAAGACGUCAAAAAGGCAUGAUCAGGUGGAUUCAUACUUAUAAAACUGUUUCACAUGUACAUUUAGAUAAAUACGCUUUGAUUUUGAGGUGUUUGAGACUCCAAUUUCUGAUUUAUCGUCGUUUUUCGAAACUAUUUUCAUGGUUAUUCCAGCAAAUUAUGGCCUCCUCUUUAAGAUAUGGUAUAAGCGAAGAAGUAACUGCAUUUUAAAUCUUAUUUCCUCAUAAAAAAAAGGUCCAAAUGUAAGCCCUCCUAUCAUUUACCGAGGCAGCUGCUGCUUCCUUGUAUGUGUUGUUCACAUGGUUUCCACAUGGAACAAAUUGUAGAGUUUUCGUUGGUCGGGGUACAUGUUCCCAGCACGAGAGUCACCGCAGACGACCAAUCACGUUUAGGUUCGAGUCUGACGUCGGAUGUUACUGGGAUAGAGUGUUCAUGGGAACUGUAGGCUCUGUACACAGAGAAUACUGAUUACUUUUUUUAAAAAUAUUGCUUUUAAAAGACAGCUCAGAUGCAGGUGUAGGUCAUAUGUGAAUCACAAAAAAUAUUAAAAACGCAUUAAGUUUAUUUUUAAAGAAUCUAUUGCACUGACUUAAGUAGGUUAUUUCAAGUUAAAUUCAAAAUAUGUAUUGAUUAAUCAUUUUGAAUUAACACUCUCCUCUUCUAGUUGUUUUCUUUUUGAAAUAUAUAUCUGUGAUGUUUUACAAUCAUACAGUUUAAAUUCUUAUCUCUCUUAUGGACUUUUUCAGUUCUCAGCGACUUGUCUACAUAUGCAUUUCUCUUUAAAUACAGUAGUUCAUUUAACUUAUUCUCUUUUUACUUUUUAUUUCUCAACAUCUUAUAUAUUUCAAGAUCUACAAAACCCGAAUUCCAGUAUCUACUUAUUUUUAAUUAUUAUUAUGUUUUUUGUUCUAGCUCCAGAAUUUGUUAUUUAAGCACAGUAAUAGGAAUAUCCAGCAGUAGACAGGGUUGUUUGUAAUAUGUUUCCUUUGUAUAAAACUAAUAAAAAUAUUGUUGAGUAAAAAGAAUGUCAAACUUUUAGAAUGUUAUAUACUACUCAGGCUAAAUAGGGUCACAUCUGUCAUACAAAUCCAAGCACUCAUGAGAUCCAUUGCCAGUAGCACAUUUGUAAAAUCUGUACAAUCUAUGUAAUCCUCUUGAUCUCUUCCCAUCACCAGAAUGUGAGCAUGGCUAUGCUUCCACGUAUCCUGCAGGCCAGACUGCACAUCAACAGAAACAACGCAAAUUCAAGAACAGAAAACUAGACAAUAUUCACAACAGGUAUGUAUGUGUAUCCUGAAUGUAGAAGUCCAGGUCCUACAUUUGUAUUUGUGGAUCAUAAAAACUUCUUUAAUGUUACACAAAAAAUUUCCUGUAUGAAAAAGUCUAAUUUGAGGUACAUGAUGAUUAUUCUAUCAUGGUAUAACAAUCUCUUCAUCUGUAUUUGAUUUCUACAGAUCAGCACACAAUGAACUGGAAAAAAAUAGGUGAGUACUCUAAGACUGCAGCAGUUAUUUCUGUGCAUUUUUAUAUUAAUAAUGUUGAAAUGUUCAGACCAGAUGAUGGGAUUGAAAAAGACACAAUGCAGACAGUGAGAAGUGACCAGGGCAGUCAUGGUAGAGUAGUUCUUUCAUGUAACAUCAAUCAACUUUGAUUCACCAAGCACCGCAAGUCAAGUUUCAAAUGUUGACAUGCAAAAGUCUUAGAGAAGGGAGAAAAAAAGAGCAUUUCUACAGGAUUUACACGACUUAAAAGCCAGCUGUCUCAAAAUGGAGCAUCAAGCUGAUAAACCAGCAGCUCUCUCCAUGCUGUCAAGUUUGCAUAUCUUGCUGCUUUGCUAAAGAUAUCAAGUACUUCAAAAUAUAAUGUCUGGUACCAACAUAUUUAUAGGACUACUGUCAUCACAGGUCUACGACUUGGACUCUCCUGUUUUGUUUAUUACAGCACUGUGCAUUUUGCAAGGCAAAUAAAAGGAGGUGUGAUGCAGCCUCAAUGGCAGCACUGUUCCUGGAGGACAUGUAGACAUCUCCCCAGUCAGCAAAUUGGAACCGUCUGUUUCCAGACAACAGGGCUCCUUCCUGAGAUAUCCUCCACUGCAAAUCUUACAGCAGCUUGCGUCUAUUACUCCAGGAUGAGGCAGCAUCUGCUCUGAGCAGGAAACCAAUGGCUGGACAUAUUUAUUCUAAAAUUAAAUGAUCAGUCUUUGACAGAAAAGCAUGUGGGAGACUCUUGGUGUGAAGAGAUGAUCUGGAAAACAGCAUCUUUGAGAGGAGGGCCUACUUCAUGUUGGACCAUUUUAAUUCAAAAUGGUGGCCAAUGCAGAGAGCGGGGAUGACAUCACAACUUGACCUACAUUUUCCUCCAUUAUUUCAGGGAGUAGUGAGCGUCCCUUCCUGCAUUCAUCUGACCACAAGCUCAGAAACCUUGUUGAAUCAGAGACAGGAUCUAGGAGCAGAGUGAUCCAUAUACAAUUUCUAAGGAGUGAGAUAACUGGGUCAGAUACCAAAAUGAGGACAAUUUGCAUCACUUGUAUAGAUCAGGGCGAAUCAAAUUACUGUUUGUCUAAAUGAUUACCAAUGAAUAUCAGGGGAAUAUUAAACUCUAUUAGGAUUGUUGGGGAGAAAGCUGAUAUAUUAGUUUGUAAGUUUCCUGUAAUAUAUUAUUUAUUAUGUCGCACACUUCUGCAUGUUCUUUAAGUCAUGAGGGGAAACAACCCUUCCUCAUUGUCCCUUCCCCCCCAUAGACGAGCACAUCUCCGCUUGUGUUUGGAGAGGUUGAAGUCACUGAUCCCUCUGGGACCAGACUGCAGUCGGCACACCACACUGGGACUGCUCAACAAGGCCAAAGCACACAUCAAGGUGCGGUAGUCUAACUCAUCCACUGUAACAUUAUUACCAGAGUCAGUUACAUGUUUAUGAUUACAUGUCUAUGACCUGGAGUGGCUAAACAGAAUUUAUCAUGUAUCUUUCCAGAAAUGUGAUCAGCUUGAUCAGUUAGAAAAGUCGAUUGCUUUGCACAAUGUCUCAGACUUGGAUCAGAUUCAGUUUGGAUGAACAGCGAUGAAUUACAAGAAACUGUUCAAGUCCGUUUUUUUUAUUGUACUGCAUUGUAAACCUCUGUCUCUUAGACUUGGAGACCCCCACUCUACUCUUUGGGCUGCUGUUCUGUUUAAGAUAAUGUCCUGAGAAACUCACAGUGCAGCUCCACUGUCUAUAGCUUGAUAUUUAGACAUAUUUGGACUGUAAUUGAUUUGAACUUUGCUAUUAUGCUGUAACUGACAUGAUAGGAAACACAAGAUAAAAAGGAGAACAGUCUGGAUUAAUUGCCUUGUGUUUUAAUGGGAAAGGCUAAAGUCCAUUUCUACAAUAUAAAAGAGCACAGUAUGCAGCUAACCACUACAAGUUUGGUUUUAAUUAUCUCUUAUUCUCUGGCUUAAAGUUGAUUUGGUAAGAUUGCAUUAGUGCAAAAAUGAGGGGGGGUUCACAGGUACUGUCCAAUAAGAUUUUUAUAAGCAUUCAAAAACUGCACCUUCAGGAACUUUGGCCUCAGACUGGGGAUGUGAUGGUUCUCAUUAAGUUGUUUUGGUUUUUCUGUUUCUUAGUCUCCUUGCCUUUUUGUGGUAUUCUGAGCCCUAGUAUGUCUUUAAUGGAGAACUUGCAUCUUUGAAAUGACUCUUAAUGUUACCGAAUCCCUUUGAGCCCCGGAUCUGUCGCACUAUUAGAUUUACCAAUCUGAACAGACUACUUUGUGACCUUUAAGGGACUCUGAAACUGAUGAUCCAAAAAAUAUUUUGUAGCAUCAGAGCAUCUAGAACUCAACACUGAAGCUUCCCUGAUGGCUGCAGUCAGAGCCCAAAGAGAUGAUCUGUUCAGUGCUUCAGUGGUGGGGAGCAAGUGGAUAAAUGAGGGCUGCAACAAGCCUAGCAAAAGUCUGUGGGAGUUUGUCACAGUGUGGGGUUAUGGGUAAUACACCCCGUAAUGUCAGCGUUUGACUUUGGACUUCCCUGUUUGAGGUCCAGGAAAUGUGGCUUCUGGAUACUGCUGUGAUUUAUUUUUGGAAUAAGAGAGUGUAUACAGGAAGCAUUAGAGCUGAAAGAGAUUGGAAAACAUACAAAUGGAUACUUGAAAAUUCACAUUGAAAUGAAAAGAUGUCAAAUUUUUUACAUGUACAAGAAAAUUGUUUGGAACAGUUGCAGUAGCUGAUUGAAUAUAUUUAGGAACAGUUGGACUUUUAGGACUUUGGUAUUGCAGUAGUAUGAGUUCUUAUUUUACUUUUGGCACUGGCAAAUUAUGUUACUGGUGUAAAAUGAAAGGAUUCAAAUGUAUUUUAAGCUCAAAGUGCAUCUUUGGACCUUUAGUUUUAUGCGAUCUAGCCAUUUUGGAAAACAAUCUACAGUCUGCAAGCUUUAUAUCUACUAUUAACCACACAUGAACCAAAAUCCAAGGACAAUUUAGGGGAACUUAAAGAGCCAAGAAGGCAAAAAUACAAAAUUUCCAGCAAAUGCAAAACAAGAUCUUGCACUUUUAUCCAUCCCAUUCUGAAACAGCAGCUAUUCCUUAUGAAUUCCCACCAGCAACACGCCGUCUGUGUGUGUUGAAUAAUGUAUCACAAGGCUCAGGAGGCGUCACAUUUGACAGCAGCUACAACUACAUAUUAACUUUACAUCACUGCAUAUGAGAGAGGCUAACCCAACUCCAUGAAUAUAGAAUGUAAAUAUACAGAAGUGGAGUCAUCAUAAGAGUAACAUAUAACAGUAUAUGGCUAAGAUAGUAUACAGUUACACCGACUGUGGCACACUGAACCCACAAACACUGAUAGAUCUGUGAAUGUUAUUCAUAAAAACAACUCAUUUACCCUUUCUGCUUUUCCCUCUUGACAGAAACUUGAAGAGACAGACCGAAGGAGUCAGCACCAGCUGGACAUUUUAGAGAGGGAGCAGAGGCACCUUCAGAGGCAGCUAGCCCAGCUGCAGACUCAUGGAGAGAGGGAGCGGGUCCGUACGGACAGCAUUGGCUCUCGCAUGGACUCUGACCGCUCAGAGUCUGACAGAGGUCAGUGUGCACAUCAGAGCAUUCAUCUGAGGGUUUUGUUUGGUUUUGCGCAUUCAGUUCUCAUCCAGAAUUAUCAACAAAAACAUUAAUAGAAGCUCAGUCUUGAGUUGCAUGAUUGAUAAAAAUCACUGAAGACUUUUCUUGUUUUUCUUUUGAGCAGAGGAGAUUGAAGUUGAUGUGGAAAGCACUGAGUUCUCCCAUGGAGAAAUGGACAGCAUAAGCACCAGUGGUGCAAGUGACCUGGAUGACCACAGCAGCCGGCAAAGCUCGGCCAGCGACGAGGGCUACUCCACCUGCAGUCUAAAACUGGCCUUCUCUGCUUAAACCACCAGCCUAUACUUUCACUCCAGCUGCAGUCUCAAUGGCUUUCACCUUUCAAAAAGUACCAGCCUUCAGCCUCAUUCUCCCCUUCAGUUUAAGUUAACUGUCUUAAGAAGAACCAGCCUCAACCCCUCCUUAACCAGUCAAAUCGAAGGUCUACUCCAACCCAUAAACCAGCCUUAAGUCCAACUCAGUCUAAAAGUUCAAAAUGUCUCCUUCUUCCAAGAGCCACAGGCUCCUUUGCAUCACUUUGAAACACUGAGUUCAAAAGCCUCAAAUUUAACUUCUCUGGCAAUAAACAGUUUCCACAUUUCAGAGGUUACUAAACCAAUCACCUGAACACCUCUUAACCCAUACCAGCUUGAAUUUACUGUACCUGCACUCAAAACUGUUCCUGUAGAGGACUCGUAAUGCACCAGUUUCCAAAACUGAAGGGAAAAUGCAACCUUUAGUCAAUUGAACCCUCUGAAACCAGCAAAAACACAAACACACCCAAUACCAGCUAGAAGCUCACCAUUGGGAACGUUUGCUCCAUUUGCCUUGUAAAAACAUUGCCCUUUUUCUUUGGAUAAUAUAUCCAGACGGCACUUCUUGUCAGUGUGCAAGUCAGUGGCAAGGGCUACAAUGUCUGCAUUCCAAAACGUUUAUUACACUUUUAUCACCUCUGCUUAAGGCGCCACAAUCAUCAUGAAUAAGGUGGCGUUCCAAACUAUUGACUGAAAAACAGUCGUAUCCAAACAGGAGGUGAAGUCCACUUUAGUCCUAAUUUAUUUUACAUAUGGUUAUAGUAUUUAUUUUGGUAUAUUUAAGUUUUCUGUAGCUAGGUCUUGGUUAUGCUUGAAUGAAAAAACACCUUUGCAGUUUUUUUCUCUCCACAUUUUUAAAAACAUGUUUACCAAAUAAUCCCCACUGCUACAAGUUUUAAGCAUUUAAAAUGGUGUUUUGUUGAAAGAAUGACGAAUCUUUCACACUGUGUAUAAAUUCCAUUUAUUAAAAAUAAGCUAUCCUGCACUUGUCCAAGCACAAGGCUCAAGCAAUAACGCAUCUAGUUUUGUUUUAUCUCAAAUGUUGGCUGUGUUUGGCACACUAUUUUGUCCUUCCAACACCAAAUUGCUGUUUGCUAGUUUUGAACUUGCUCCGGUAGUUAAUAAUAAAAAUGAUUGUAAUUGAUUUUUAACAUUUAAAAAAAGCUAUGGUGCAUGUUUGUUGAAUGUAGCUUGUCUAAUCAUAGUGUAAUGUGCUUUGGAUUGACAAGUCUUAAAAAUAUCUGUAGCAUGAACAUAAACACUACAGAAUACCAAUUUUUGUUUGUAAUUCAAUGUUUAAUACUGUUUCUUUUUUAUUGUUGCAGAUAAGAACAAGCUCAAAUCCUUGAAAUUUGAAGAUUUAAACUUCCCAUGUUUUAUUCAAUGUAUAUUUGACACAGAAUUUCACUGCUGACCUGUCAAAGUCCAUCAAAGCCAAAUAAGACAUUUAUUUGCAUUUUUCUGGUUCAAGUCCCAAGUAAUUACCACCAAAUUGUGUCUUAACAUGGGUUUAUGACUCUUGCACAAAGUUCCUUGUUACAGGUCUUUUCACCCCCAACCUUUUUUGGGAAACUAUAAAAUGCACUAUGAAAAAGACUUGUGUGAAGAAGGUAUGUCAAAGCACACCCCAGAAUGUUUUCUCCUGUGCUCAAUCAGCCAUCUGAGGUGACUUUUUUGCAAAACAUGUGCUGCUGGUCCCUUGCUAGUACUUUGUAACAGUUCCUGAUAACUGUCCCUGAAAUCUCAAUAAACCUCUUCCACCCCAGACAUAAACCAGCAUUGUCCGUUUUUUUUUUCUUCUUGUAACUCAACAAAAUUUGUUCAGCAAAUCAACAAAGGUAUGGUGGUUGUUAACCAUCCUUCACCGAAGCAAACACUGAUGAAAAGAAAAAGAAAAUCUAAAAAUGUUUACCAUGAAAAAGUGAAAAAAAUGAAGAUAAUUGACUUUCAGUAGAAAAAUCAGUCUGAACAUUUUCAGCAUGCUGCAUAUAUAAGGGAUGGACUUACAGUGGUACAAGUUUUUACUGCCAUCUACAGGUCUGGACAAAGCCGGAGACUAAAUAUGCCUCUAAUGUGAAAAAAAAAAACAGGAACAAAAGGUAAAAUCAAUUUCAUUUGAAAAAACAACUGAAAACAAAACAAUGUUUAUUUCGCUGUUGAAUAUAUAUACAGAAAAUAAAAUGUAAAUUUAGCCAUCUCAAAUCACCAUCAAUAUAAAUAUUCAGAGUCUGUUGUGAGUCCAGCCUGAAAUGUACACACCCUAUCUACAGAUGGUUAAUAGUACACAUCUUAGCAGGUACUUGGCCUCAGUGGAAGCUGGACACAAACAAUACACUCUACGGCUUUUCAACAACAUCACUUCCUGUUCUCACACAACAGGUUGUUCCUGAAGAGGGCUACUUGCCCUUCAUUUGGAUAUAUGUUGUUGUACCUACAUAAUAUAUAAGAAAACUACAUCAACAUUUUAAACAAUGGUUUGCAAGCAAUUCCUUUCGAAGUUUUCUUUACUUGAGAAACUUAAACCAUGUAUCAACACAAUGGAAAGCACCGAUACAGCUAGUAUACAGUGGAUUAUUAUAUACAUAAUAGAUCAGGUCAUUGUGGCAUUAGAUGUCUAACGUUGUAUUUUGACGUGUCAUGGUACUGGGUCAUGGGCUUGUCUGCAAUACCACAUGUUCCUACUCCCACCUUUCCAUUUACGCUUUCUGGUGACGCAAAUAUGCUUCUCUUUACCU